GGGCUCGCGAGCUGCUGCGGCAAAGUGUAAUGACGCUGCAGUCGGAGAUGGGCAGUGGAAGUCGACUGUUGUGGAAGAAGUGGAUAAGGCUGGAGCAGAAAUACGGCGACAAGUCUUCGCUGCGGACGGUGGUGGAGCUGAGGGCGCUGCAGCGGCUGGGCCUUGGCCCGGAAGCAGCAGCUUGCUGCUUGGAAGACAAGGAGCAGCAAACGGAGAAUCCUGCUGCUGCUGCUGCUGCUGCUGCUGCUGUUGCUGUUGCUGCUGCUGCGGAGUCCGAAGCCUCCUGCUGCUUCUCCCCCAACAAAGCUGCAGCAGACCUGGACCCCGCAGAAGUUGCAGCAGCAAAAUUCAAAAUCAGAAAAAGGCAGUUCAUGGGAGGAGAUUCUCUCCAAGACAUUUACGAAAUGUACGCGGCCAGCGGCAUGGCCCCCCGGACUUCAAUGUUGGAGUUGGUGGGGGGCCCCGAGGAGCUGGAGGGCCCCCGUCAGUUCUUAGCUAAGGGGGGCCCCCCUGGGGGCCCCCCGGGGGCCCCCCUGGGGGCCCCCCUGGGGGGCCCCCUGGGCAAAGAAGAGGAAGAUGAACUCGAAGAAGAAGAGGGGCCCCCCGGGGCCAAAACUGCAAGAACUGCUGUACCCUGGGGCCUCAUUGCGAGGCCUGACACUGACAGCAUGGUGGCUUUUCAUCCAGAGUUGUCUUUGUUUUAUCAGCAGCAAGAAGGUGCAGCAGCAGCAGCAGCAGCAGCAGCAGCAGGAGACGCAGCAGCAGCAAGACAAGUCCCCAUGUUCGCCCCCCCCAAACUGCUCUGCGACUUGCUCGCGCUGCUGCCCAAGGCAAACGGCAAACUCACCGCGGACCCCGACUUGGUCGAUUAUUUACUUUCUUUUCUCCAGUCUUGCCGGCUGCCGCCGCUGCCGCCUGUGGAGCACCGGCCCAUAGUGAUAAAGGACCUUUUGGCGCUGAGGCAUUCCCAGCUGAGUUCGCUGCAAGUGAACAAACAAAAAGAGGCUGCGGGCGAGGAGUCGGAGGGGGGGGGCAGCAGCUCGGACUUGGAGCGAGACGAGAUGUCGGACAGUUUGUCUGCGGAGGAGCCGCAGCGGGGCUCAGCAGCAGCAGCAGCAGCAGCAGCAGCAGCAAACCAGCUGGCGGACUUCUCGCGGCAGGCGCUGGGGGCCUCGGGGCUGCAGCUGCCCCCCGCAGUCUACGGGGGGCCCCACUUGGUGCUGCCAGCAGCAGACAAUUUGCUGCACUCGCGGCGGCUGCUGGCGCCUGCGGUGUUGCCGGGUGUACGUACACUGUGGGCCGGCAUGAACUUGCUGCCGGGGCCCUACGCCCACGUGGGGGCCCCCGUGGGGGCCCCCGUGGGGGCCCCCGUGGGGGCCCCCGUGGGGGCCCCCCAGCUGCACCCCGCAGUGCCGCUGCCUUACGGGGUUUCUGUUGCUGCUGCCAGGCCCAUGCAGGGCCUGCCGCUGGGGGGCCAGCCGCUGCACCUCUGGCGCAUGCCGGACGCUGCGGGCCGCGCCUUCGCGCCCAAAAAGAAGACCAGGUGA